AUCAAUAAGAAGAAGAACUUUCCCUCGGCAGUCUUUAAGGAAAAACAGUAGUCUAUCUACACCAUAGUUUGUUUGGGUCGUGUGGAACAUCAACCCUCAGAAUGUGGUUUACGUGGUUUCCUAGUUCUUGUUAAAUUUAAUAUAGUCGGAUGUUUUCUAAAUUGCUAUGCGUUGAAUUGGAGUUUAGCAGUGAUACAUUCAGUGUUAUGCUGUCGGCUUGUUGAAUGAGCUCUUGCAGCCUAAAAGCACUUGCAGGCCGGCUGACCGAAGCCAAAGAAAACACAACACCCAACUGGAAAGAUUGUAUAGCAAACAUCAAUAAAAGGACACUCUAUGAAUGACCCCCGCAUCACCCGUGCCAUUUCCAUCUGCAAAAAAGUGAUAUGGCUGACGACCCCCAGAGAAAUUUUCGCUCUGCGUAUUACGAAAAGGUGGGGUUUCGAGGAGUGGAAGAAAAGAAAUCCUUGGAGAUUCUGCUGAAAGACAACCCUUUAGAUGUUGAGAAACUGAGCACUUUCAGCCAAAGGUUUCCCCUCCCAUCAAUGUACAGGAUCCAUGUGUGGAAAGUUUUGCUGGGUAUACUGCCACCGCACAGUGACUCGCAUGCUCUGGUGGGAGGAUACAGAAGGGAGCAGUAUGAGAACAUUCUCGAGGCCUUGGAGGCAAUGAGGUUCAUCAAUUCAUCCACUCCGAACACAGAGGUCUACCUGCGCAUGUUUCAGCUGGAGGGCCAAGUUCUGCCGCGACGGUCCGAAAUCCCUCCAAUGGGGGAGGAAGAUGAGGACUUCCUGUCUAUUAGCAGAGCCAUGGAGGAGAUUGUUGUAAAUCCUAUGGAUUGCUAUUGGCUAAUAAAGUGUUUUCACAAUCAGUUCAACACCAAAUUUGGAGAUUCGUUACCCCAUCUUCCCAAGAGUCUGCAGCACUACCUGAACCAGGAGGAACCCCGGCUCCUGAAUCAUCUGAAAAUCACGGGCGCCUUGGCCCAGCUGCCCUAUAACCCCUGGUUCAACCGCUGCUUUGCUGGCACCUUGCCAGAGUCUAGCCUGCAAAGAGUAUGGGACAAAGUGAUCAGUGGCUCGUGUAAGAUCCUGGUGUUUGUUGGACUUGAGAUUCUGCUCAGCUACAAGAUCAUUCUCAUGGGCAUGAACCGGCCGGAGGUUGUGGUGAAAUUUCUGGGCAAUAUACCCCAAGAGAACACGGAUGCCAUCGUGACCAAAGCCAUAGACCUAUGGCACAAGUACUGUGGCACGCCGAUGCAUUCUGUAUAACCGUGUGGACCUAUAGGUGCCGAAGGACUGUAAGCACAGCGUUACGAGACCCACCAUCAGCUUUAAAGAGAAAGCGAUGGCAUGACUAAAAACUCAUCAUCAGUAGACUUGCCCCUUGACUCGCCAGUUCAUUUGCGGAGGUCUUCAAUACAAAAACAUGUUGGAAAAUACCACAAGGAUGCAGACAUGGAUUCAGUGUUAGUUUUUUCCUUAGUAUUUAUGUUUCAUUCUUUAAGAAACUGCAUACAUUAUAGAAGACUCACAAUAAAUUAACAAUCACAUGCAGUUUUUCCCACUAUACAAAAAAGUUUUUUUUUUUUUUAGAUCACUGGUUGCUUUAUGUACAUAUGUAAAAAUUCUGACAAUUAUAACAUUUGUCAAAACAUUUAAAAAGUAGUACAAGGUACAGUAAGAUCACUGACCCUUCUAAAACACAAGCACACACCCAUUCGUACACAUUCAUGAGACCGGGUAACCGUCAAUUGAGCUGUAAGUGUACUGUAAACAACAUUUGAAUAAAGGGUGGCAGGUUUAUCUGUAUUCAUUAGUGCCAGGGUUGCAUUACAUUUGUAUUUGAUAUCGUCCAGAAACCAGGCAUCGUAUCAGAGAUUAUGCAAAGACCAAGAACUAAUACCAGGAGGAAUGUCAAACAUUAAAGCAACUCAAGUUCUUUUUGGAAAAAGA